UGUGGAACAGGCGCAGCAGGGACGAGACGUGCCACAGCAGUGGAGUAGUACUGUGUGUUCCAGCGGCAGAGCGGGCCAGGCGUGCGUGUACGCUACAGAACCACUGGCAGCAGACCUGGCCCCCCUACUGGACUCCGGGGUCGGCGCCGUGGUGUGGCUGGUCGCGGGCGACACGCGCCUGGUGGCGCACAGGGCCGUCCUGGCUGCCCGGAGCCCAGUGCUGGCCACCAUGUUGAGCGACGACUCGCCAGAGGCCAGCAGCGGCCGGAUCAGCAUCUCCGACGUGGGGGGCCCAGUGCUGCGCCAGCUGGUGGCCUACAUGUACACCCUCCAGGCCCCCCAGCUGCCCGACGUGACCCCACAGCUGGUGGCCGCCGCUGACAGGUACGGCCUGCCCGCCCUGAAGGCAGUGUGCGAGCAGCAGCUGGCCGCGCAGCACUCUGUGGGGACUGCAGCGGCUGCAGCUGUGCUCGCGGUUAGGCGCACCUCCGACAGCCUCAGGCAGGCCGUCGCCGACUUCGUGAAGACUCACCUGUUCCACGUGAUGCCACACACGGUGCGCGGCCAGCACCAAGAUGUGACUGAUGCGAGCCACCAACACUCUGAUCCAUUUGCUGAAACGAGCACAGCAGCCGCCGCCGCCGCCCCCACCACUCUGCCCCGCAGCGACCGCAGCCACCACGGCGGGACCACCUCGCCUGCUUGCCACACCCCCACACCAGACGACGCUGCUGUCUCUCUCCUGCGGAACCUUUCUGCAGAGGAGAAAGACAGGAGGCUGAUUUUGGCAGCUAAGAACGGAGCAGUGCAGCAGAUGCAGGCACUGCUGGCCGCUGGGGCGGACGUUGGGGCCGAAGACAGUGACAAGAACACCGCCCUGCACUGGGCAGCCUGGGAGGGCCACUUGCAGGCAGUCGGGUGCCUGCUGGGGGCCGGCGCCGACGUGGACGCCGGCAACUGGGUGGGGAACACGCCGCUCCACUGGGCGGCGUGGGGCGGCCGGGAAGCUGUGGUGCGCCUGCUGGCCUCGUCUGCCGCCGACCUCGACGCCAGGAACCGGGACGGGAUGAGGCCGCUGCACGAGGCGGCCAAGCACGGCCACGCGGCGGCGGUGGCUGCGCUGCUCGACGCGGGGGCCGACAGGCGGGCCGCCACUGGCGAGGGCUACACGCCGCUGGACCUCGCCAGGCAGCACAACCACGACAACCUGAUAGACAUACUCAGCAGUCCGACAGACAUCUCCUGAUCAAAAAGGAAAUAUCUUUAUCACAUUACUUUUCAAUAUUUAAUUGCCCGCAGCUCGUGUUCGUGUGGUAGCGUUCUUGUUUCCCACGCCCGGGUUCCCGGGUUCGAUUCCCGGCGUUGUCAGGGAUAUUCUCUGCCUCGUGAUGGCUGGGUGUUGGUGUUGCCCUUAGGUUAGUUAGGUUUAAGUAGUUCUAAGUUCUAGGGGACUGAUGACCAUAGAUGCUAAGUCCCAUAGUGCUCAGAGCUAUUUGAACCAUUUUUGAACUUUUCAAUAGUUUUGAAAUAAACAAUACAGAAAGUAAA